AUGGCCGGGCGGCGUCGGCAGGGCGUCCGGAGCAGCGAGGGGGAGGCCGACGAGGACCUGCCGGUCUACCUGGCCCGACCCGGCACGGCGGCCCAGACGCCUCGGCAGAAGUACGGCGGGAUGUUCGCGGCCGUGGAGGGCGCCUUCGAGAACAAGACCAUCGACUUCGAGGCCUACAGCGUGGGCCAGAAGGGGGGAGGCCGCACCCCGCGCAGCGGCAGCCGCUCCGAGCAGCUGGACCGAGCCGGCGGCGACGACGACGGCGGCGGUAGCGAGGUGUGCGGCUCCGGCUCCGGCUUCGGCUCGCCCGGUGGGGAGACCGACGGCCGGCGGCUCCUUUGCCUCGAGCUCCGGCCCCCGCUGGCCCACGAGCCCUGGCGGGGCCCCGAGGAAGGCAAGGGUGAUGGUUUAUUCAUUAAGAACGGGCGAAUCAUCAACGAUGACCACUCCUUCUACGCCGACAUGUAUGUGGAGGAUGGAGUUAUCAAACAAAUUGGGGAGAACCUGAUUGUUCCUGGAAGCCCGAAGACCAUCGACGCAACCGACUACAUGAUCCUUCCAGGCGGCAUCGACAGCAACACUUACCUCCAGAAAUCUGUUCAAGGCUUAGUGGUAGCUGAUGACUUUUACCAAGGAACAAAGGCUGCAUUGGCCGGAGGCACGACCACCGUCAUUGAUCACAUCCUUCCAGAGCCCGGCUCCAAUUUAUUAACGGCGUUUGGAAAGUGGAAAGAGUCAGCGGAGAGCAAAUCCUGUUGUGAUUAUUCUCUGCAUGUGGACAUCACCGACUGGUAUGAUGGGAUCCAGGAAGAUCUCGAAAAUCUGGUGCAAAGCAAAGGUAUCAAUUCUUUCCAAGUCUACAUGGGCUACAAAGAUCUCUACCAAAUGACUGAUUCCCAGGUAUGUGCCAUUUUUUCCCCUCUUACAAGUCCCGAGUCGUUAUCUGAGAUAGGUCACUACAGAGAUGUUAACAAUAAACAAUGAUAAUGAAUAAAUGUGAAAGGUGUUAAUACUUGGUCUUCUUUUGUUUUCACUGUUCAGCUGGAAGCAGAAGCCGUAUUCCGGGCUAUCACUAUAGCUAGUCGGAUCAACUGCCCUGUCUAUAUCACUAAAGUGAUGAGUAAGAGUGCGGCUGAUGUAAUAUCGUUGGCUAGGAAAAAAGGUGCUCUAGUACUGGGGGAACCGAUCACAGCCAGCCUGGGGACCGAUGGCACUCAUUACUGGAACAAGAAUUGGGCGAAGGCUGCAGCAUUUGUGACCUCACCACCCUUGAGUCUGGAUCCUACCACGCCUGAUCAUCUGACCUCACUUUUAGCCUGUGGAGACCUACAGGUCACUGGAAGCGGCCACUGUACUUACAGCACAGCCCAAAAAGCUCUUGGCAAGGAAAACUUCACUCUCAUCCCUGAAGGGGUUAAUGGAAUUGAAGAAAGAAUGACGGUGGUCUGGAAUAAAUGUGUUUCUACAGGUAAAAUGGAUGAAAACCAGUUUGUGGCCAUUACCAGCAGUAACGCUGCCAAAAUCUUCAAUCUGUAUCCGCGAAAAGGCAGGAUUGAAAUUGGUUCCGAUGCUGACCUUGUUAUAUGGGAUCCCGACAAGGAGAAGACAAUCACAGCAAAAAGCCAUAAAUCGGCUGUGGAAUAUAACAUUUUUGAAGGCAUGGAAUGCCGUGGGGCUCCCUACAUAGUUAUUAGCCGAGGGAAGAUUGUGUUUGAGGAUGGGAAUUUGUCGAUGAGGAAAGGAUCGGGGUCUUUCAUCCCGCGAAACGCCUUUCCAGAGUAUCUUUAUCAACGGAUCAAAACUAGGAAUAAGGUAACAGAAUUACAGGGUGUUUCUCGAGGAAUGUACGAUGGGCCGGUCUACGAAGUUUUAGCAACUCCUGCAAAAUAUGCAACUCCUGCCCCCUCAACUAAAACGUCGCCUGCCAAAAACCAGCCUCCACCAAUCAGAAACCUCCACCAGUCUAAUUUCAGUUUAUCAGGGGCUCAAGUAGAUGACCACAAUCCUCGCCGUACCGGACACCGUAUCGUGGCACCACCAGGCGGCCGUUCCAACAUCACUAGUCUUGGAUAAGCGUAGACGGAAGUCGGCAACGAAGAAUGAACGCUCUUAGUCCUCCUCUACAUCCUGUGUUCCUUAGCUCACGUUUCAUUCAUUGCGAUGCAAGAACAAAAUUGUUUGUCUUAAGGAAAUAAGUGUCAUAGUGUGAUGUGUUUGCUUGGAAUGAAUCACCUUGGUUGUGUUCGCCAUCUUGAAAGCA